CACUUUGACAUCAACAUGGCUUUCAACAUCGGUGGCUGGUUAGCCGGGUUAGGAGGUAUCCUCGUUGCGGUUGGUGGCGUUUUAGGAUGGGGCUUGUUCCCGUCCAUGAUCGAGGAUGAAAUCACAAAGAAUGUAGUCCUUUCAAACGACAGCACCUCUUAUAAGCUCUGGAAACAAUUGCCCCAGCCCAUAGAAUUCAAGGUGUACAUCUGGGAAGUGGAGAACCCAGAUGAGGUCCAAUCAAACGGCGCUAAACCUAAAAUGAAAGAAACUGGCCCGUAUACUUACCUUCUGAACAGAACAAAGGAAAACAUAAAAUUCAGUGAAGAUGGAAAUUUCGUGGAGUUUCAGCAGAGAACAUUCUACGAGUUCAGUCCGAAUCGGUCAGGUCCCUCUUUGAGUGAAGAUGAUGACGUCACGGUGCUUAAUUCGGCUAUGAUGGGCCUCUUUCUUGCUUCUGACAUCUUGAACGAUGAAUCAGGAUUAAUUGCGAUGGGUACCGCCUACAGUUCCUUGUUUGACGACUACACUUCCGUCUUCACGAAAAUCAAGGUUCGCGACCUUCUAUUUGACGGAUUGAUGAUCAGAUGUAAGGAAAAAUAUGAAGACGUGUAUUGGUAUGGGGUUUGCAAUGCCUUGGCUAAUAAUUACAAAAUAGGAUUGCUAACACCUUUCAUUCGGUACGACGAGAAAAACGACAACUAUUUCUACUCAUUCUUGAACCAUAAAAAUGGAAAAACCGAUGGCCACUUUAAGGUGAUGACUGGCAAAUCGGACGUGAGUAAACUUGGACAGAUUGUCGAGUGGGAGCACAACUCAACCCUGCAAUUUUGGUAUGGGGAUGAGUGCAAUACUAUCAGAGGAAGCGACGCCACUAUUUUCCCACCCUUUUUGGACGAGAAAAGUAAAAUCUACGUGCACUCAACUGAUUUAUGCAAGAGCCUUUACAUGACCUACGAAAAGGAAAUUAAUCACACAGGUGUAGAUGGCUACCGCUACGUGGUGGACCCCGUGCAAUUAGGCAACGUGUCUUCCAUGCCGGAAAAUUACUGCUACUGUCCUUCGUUUGGUGCAUGUCUCAAGGAGGGCGUCUUGGAUCUGACAUCUUGUUACAAAGCGCCUGUGAUUUUUUCCAUGCCUCACUUCUAUGGGGCUCCGCAUUACGAACAAAUGGUUGAAAAUCUUAAACCCAACAAAGAAGAGCAUCAGAUGUACCUGGAUGUCGAAACAAAAUCCGGCGUUCCACUUCGUGCCAGCCGGAGGGCGCAAUUUAACCUGAUGAUCAAGUCGAUCCGAGGUGCCGCGGUCACCAAAAAUCUGCCACAGGUGGUUUUACCCUUGUUCUGGGCGGACGAAUACUUUGAACUGGAUGAGGAGACAGCCGAUAGUUUGAAGGGUUUAGUGGUCAGCAAGCUCAGCUUUGUGGACACCGUCCGCUGGGUAUUGAUUGGGGUAGGAUGUGUGCUGUUUUUGAUUGGUGCUUUUCUUCACUCCAAAAGGCGAAUCUCCCACAAGAAGCCCAAGGAGCAGACAGAAUUGGAGUCCAUGUCGUAAAUCCUAACCUUUUUAAAUUAUUCGAAAAGAAAAAAAGGAAUAUCUACUUGUUAAUUGAUACCUAGCACGUAAUUUGUAGACAAUUGAAUAGUAUG